AUGAACGGCAUCACAUCUGAGCCUCCGUCAUUAGACGCAGCCGACUAUGAUCCAAUUCAGAACCUCAACCUACUUUUCUCUCAUCCUUCUACCGUAUCAUCUAUAUCCCGAGUGUCGUCAACCCUCCAAUCCCACCACAAUGACCUCUCAGCCGAAAUAUCAAGCCUCCAGACGGCCCAGGCUUACGGACCUAACUCUUCCCUCGAACGCAUGCAAUCCGCCCAGGCCGAACUCGCUGGUCUCUUCAAGAAGAUCGAAACGGUGCGCUCACGUGCUAUUCAGACUGAGCAGAAUAUUACCUCCAUGACUGCCGAUAUUAAGAGACUCGAUGGCACGAAACGAAACUUGACUUUAUCUAUGACGGCCCUUAAGCGGCUACAGAUGUUGACUACGGCGUAUGAACAGCUGAGAGGACUAGCUAAGACGAGACAAUACAGAGAAUGCGCGAGUCUUCUGCAAGCGGUACUACAACUUAUGCGCCACUUCAAUAGUUACAGAAGUAUAGACCAGAUCGCUACACUCAGCCGAGGUGUGGGCGAGUUACAGAGGGAACUGCUGGAGCAAGUAUGCGAGGACUUCGAGAUAGCGUUCGCUAAGAGUGAGGUCGGGUCAAGGAAGGCGACACUGGUCGAGGCUUGCGGGGUCAUGGAUGCGCUCGGGGAUAAUGCGAGGGCGAGACUAAUAACGUGGUACAUCAACACCGAGUUGCGGGAAUACCGCCAGGUCUUCAGAGGGAAUGAUGAAGCUGGAAGUUUGGAUAAUAUUGGAAGACGGUACGCUUGGUUCAAGAGGAUGGUCAAGAGCUACGAGGAGGAACAUGCUGGCAUAUUCCCACCGCACUGGAGAGUUGGCGAGACUCUGGCUAUGGCUUUCUGCGACGGUACAAGAGAUGACUAUAAGGGUAUCUUGGAAAAGAGCAUGAGGAGGGUGGACGGUGCCAAGAUUGAUGUUAACCUUCUCCUGAGUUGUCUGCAGGAGACGAUGGACUUCGAGCAGACCCUGGAACGGAGGUUUUCAAACGAGCCACGGGCAAGUAUUGAUACACUUAGCUCCGCGGACGAAAGAACCCAGAGCUUCAAUGGGUCGAUAUCUGUGGCCUUCGAACCUUACCUAAGUCUAUGGGUAGAGUCCCAGGACAAGGCGUUGGCGGCUAUGAUCCCUAAAUACAAAGCCCAACCUUUAUUGCCAGCCGACGAAGAGUUUUCACCGCAAGCUGUCAUCAGCUCUGCUAUCGAGCUCUUCCAUUUCUACAAGCUCACUUUAUCGCAAUGCGCUAAGCUUUCGACGAGUGAGCGGUUAUUAGACUUGACGAAGACAUUGGCUAAAUAUCUCGAUGAAUAUGCACAACAAGUGUUGCUCACGAUUUUACAGAGAUCGGGGCCGGCAGGGACGCCUCUCCAUGACAUUAUCCUUGUCCUGAACACCGCAGAUUUCUGGCAUGCGAACACGGGACAGCUCGAAGAAAAUAUCAAAAAACGUAUAGACCAUGACCUUGUGCCAAAGGUUGAUCUAUCGUCGCAAGCUGACGCAUUCUUGGGAGUCGCCAGUGCUGCAGUUAUAGCGCUUGUCAACAAAGUCGAGUCAGAUUGCGAGGGCGCUUGGCGUGAGAUGAAGAACACGAACUGGAGCAAGAUGGAAAGUGUUGGAGACCAGAGUUCCUACGUAGGUGAACUGGUCAGUCAUAUUAAUGCAAAGGUAGAGGAAAUUCUAGCUGUUGUGGUUAAGCAGCAGUACGCGCGCGCAUUCGCCGACAAGCUAGUGGAACAACUAGCAAACUCGUACAUUCAUGCCAUCGUCCAGUGCAGGCCUAUAUCCGAAGUAGGCGCCGAACAGAUGCUGUUGGAUAAGUACGUCCUAACUAAAGCCCUGGAAACCCUGCUCUCGCACCACAACCCGUCUUCCUCGUCGCAGACACCGCACGUGCCGCCAGCAGGCUUUGUCAAGCGCGUCAAUGCAACGAUGACGCGCAUAGACCCGCUCCUGAAGACGCUCCAGGUUCGCCCAAGUCCGCCGGAGGGGCUCGUGCAGGCUUACUUGAUCCACGUGGGCGAUCGCUCCGAUACCAACUUCCGCAAGAUCCUCGAACUUAAGGGUAUCCGCAAACAGGAGCAGGUGCACUUGAUCGAGUUAUUCGCCAUUCACCGUGACGGACCCGCUAACAGCGGCGGCGGUAAGUUGGUUGCGCAGAGCCCGCUAUUGACGCCGCUCCUGAACGCAACUGGGUUCGGCAGUAGUGGGGUGGGCGCGGGCGGCGGCAGUGCCAAUAACUUGAACUUAGGUCUAGGCAUUGACCGUCUAGCCUCCGGACCUCUGUCAACAGCAGCACAAGGCGCCGCUUCGCGCUUCGACGCAGCCUCCUUAGGAGAGAAGUUGCUUAAUGCAGCGCGCGACGGUGUUGAGAGGAUGGGUAACCCUGCCGAGCAGGGACAACCAGGGGGCGCUAAUGGUAGCAGCGGCUCGGCGCAGAAUAAUGCGGCCAGCAUCAACGAGAACCUGAAGAAUUUUGGCAAGUUCUUCCGUAGGGAUAUCGGCGGCCUAGGCGUUAGGUUCGGGAAGAGGGACGGGAGCGCGGAUGAGCAUCAGGGAGGACGAUGA